AUGGGAAUCCCAUACCCCAAAUCCCGCUUCAACCGCGGUGUGCCCGACCCGAAGAUUCGUAUCUUCGAUCUCGGUCGCAAGAAGGCCAAUGUCGAUGAGUUCCCUCUGUGUGUGCACAUGGUGUCCAACGAGUACGAACAGUUGAGCUCUGAAGCUCUCGAAGCUGCCCGUAUCUGUGCCAACAAAUACCUCGUCAAGAUCGCUGGUAAGGAAGGUUUCCACCUCCGCGUCCGUGCCCACCCAUACCACGUCGUCCGUAUAAACAAGAUGUUGUCAUGUGCCGGAGCCGAUAGACUCCAAACCGGUAUGCGCGGUGCCUUCGGUAAGCCCAACGGCACCGUUGCCCGUGUCAACAUCGGCCAGAUCCUUCUUAGCGUUCGUACCCGUGAUGCCCACCGCGCCACCGCUGUCGAGGCCCUGCGACGCUCCAUGUACAAGUUCCCCGGUCGCCAGAAGAUCAUUGUCAGCAAAAACUGGGGCUUCACCCCUCUCAGACGGGAGGAGUACGUCCGCCUCAAACAGGAGGGCCGUGUUAAGAUUGAUGGUGCUUACGUCCAAUUCUUGAGAAAUAAGGGUAAUAUUGAGGAAAACAUGAAGCGGUUCCCAGAAGCAUAUGAGAAUCUUUCACAGGUAUAG